UCCUCACCUCAGUCAUGGAGAAGCCUAACAGUGUCGUUACUGCCUUUCUCCUAGUACUACUUGUCGCAGUUACCCUUCUCAGAGGGGUCCAAGGAACCAUUGGUGUUAACUAUGGUACAGUUGCAGACAAUCUUCCUCCACCAUCACAAGUUGCACGUUUUCUCCUCGAGAACACCAUUAUUAAUCGUGUCCGUCUCUUUGAUGCUAACCCCUUCAUCUUACAAGCAUUUGCUCAUACUGGAAUUGCAAUCACAAUUACAGUUCCUAACAAACUAAUACCAGAUCUAGCAAAUUUACCUUUUGCACAAAAAUGGGUUAAAGCUAAUAUUCUCCCUUACUAUCCUGACACCAACAUAAUCCGAAUAUUAGUCGGUAACGAGGUUUUAUCGGCAGCUAACAAACAACUCAUUGGAAAUCUUGUCCCCUCGAUGCAGAACCUUCAUACCGCUCUCGCUGGUGCAUCCCUCGAUAGAAGGAUAAAAGUCUCUACCCCGCAUUCAUUAGGAAUUCUCUCCUCUUCAAGUCCCCCUUCAACGGGGAAGUUUCGAAAAGGCUAUGACGAUGCUGUACUUAAGCCGUUGCUUAACUUUUUAAGAGCUACGGAAUCCCCUUUUAUGAUAAACCCGUAUCCAUUUUUUGGAUGCUCAGCUGAAACACUUGAUUACGCAUUAUUUAGACCCAAUUCUGGUGUUUUAGAUGAGAAUACACAGCUCAUGUACAAUAAUAUGCUAGAUGCCCAACUAGAUGCAACUUUUUCCGCAAUGAAACUUGUUGGUUUCACUGAUGUCGAUAUUGUUAUUGCUGAGACUGGCUGGCCAUCUGCUGGAGAUCCAUCUCAGGUCGGUGUUGAUGCUAGAAGUGCAGCUCAGUAUAACGGAAAUCUCUUACGACAUGUAACCUCUGGUAUUGGUACACCUCUUAUGCCCAACCGGACAUUUGAGGCCUAUAUGUUUGCACUUUUCAACGAAAACAGGAAACCCGGACCAGUGUCCGAGAGAAACUUCGGAUUGUUUCAACCUGAUCUGACUCCUGUCUAUGAGAUUGGGAUACUACGACCUACGGCAAGAACAUCAGUACCAGCUGCAAACCCAACUCCAGUUGCAUCACCAAUAAAUCCAGUUCCUGUUAAGUCUAAAAAUUGGUGUGUCCCUAAGUCAAGUGCUGAACAAGAUGACUUACAAAAGAACAUUGAUUAUGUCUGUGGUUUGGGUGUUGAUUGUCGGCCGAUCCAAGAAAGCGGUCCAUGCUUUUUCCCUGACACUGUUCGGGCACAUGCAGCUUAUGCCAUGAACAUGUAUUACCAAGCUAUGGGACAGAAUACUUAUGAUUGUGACUUUAAACAUACAGGGGCCGUAACUACCGUUGAUCCAAGUUAUGGAAACUGUAAGUAUUGAUGUUGGCAAAUAUGAUAUUCAGAAGUAGAUACUUCUGUGCGUUUUUGUAUCUCAGUAUUUAAUCUUUAUGUAUUUUAUGAUACAUUGAUACUCAUGUGAUCUUCUUGUAUUCACAGCUAUUAUAGUGAAAUAGGUUUUAGAGUGUUUUGACAUAUU